AUGGCACUCCCUCCCUAUGAUCCGAAUUUCACAAUCGCAUUUGGACGCGAAGGGUUCGAGACAGAGGAUGACCAAGAGCACGAUGCUUCUGAAUCUGCUACUGUGGUAGCAGCCGAGCUGAUAAGCUCAACAAGGCUUGCACUUAAGCUAGACAGUGAGCGUACCGAGUACUCAUCUCGGUAUUUGCUUGACAAUGCCGCUUCUCGCUCCAACCUCACUGUCAAGAAGUGUCUCGAGUUCGCGAUCAAGAACGGCAUACCCAAAGCAGAGGACUGGCCACUUUUGGGAUCUAUGGUCAAGAAGCCUCCACCUUCCUACAAGCCUGAUCUGGUUUUCACGAAAGGAGAUGUGUUUGAGACUAAAGAUUUGGAUCAAGUGCGUGAGCUGAUGAAGUAUCAUCCAGUGGGAGCAAAGCUUCAUGUGUUCAGUCCACACAUUGAGCUUCAACAAGACGCGAUUUACUGUGCUUCGUCAGGUGAGCCAGCGAGGUACGUUGGGCUUAGAGAUGGGGUCAUUGUUGGAGUGGAGAAGUUUAAAGGGAAGUCGAUGGCGAAGGUGAAGCUUUGGUACAAGAAGAAGUUUGUGUUUGUCAAAGUGGCUUUGAGCAGGAUGUUCUUCGACGAAUCUCGUGGCAUUGGACCAACACUUUUGCUUGUUGACUUUUGUGUCCCACUCCUAUCCAUCAACUGA